AUUAAAUUGUUCUAAACGUAGUAAAGGUCGACCACUGAGAUUAAUCUCGCAGUUAUAAAAGAAGGAUUCAGAAUACGAAACGGACAUUUCGUUAGUUGAAAGAUUGUGACAUCAAGAUGAACUUCACACUACUACCAUUUGUUCUCGCAUCACUAAUUCCAAAUAAGGGUGGUCCAUGGAAAUACGGCCCAGAAUAUCAAUUCGCAUUGGAAUUAAAUAUGAUAGCGUCAAUGAAUGAGGAUAAUGGCACUCUCCUCGGCACACGUGUUGCCGGAAAAUUAAAAUGUCGUCCACAUUUAACUGACAUAACAAGUUUAAUAUGCCGCACUGAGGAGACAAAAAUAAUUCGCAUACAUCCCAAAGAAUUUCAUAUAUCGAGCAUUGAUAUCUAUAAAAAUGAUUCCUAUUCAUUGUUUGGAAUGGGUCGCGAUAAUUUUCAAAUAAAAUUCAAUCGCAAUGGCAUUGAAAAUUAUAUUCUAGAAGAUGCGAAACGUCCGUCAUCGGAUUUUGUCACCGAUAUGAUAAGAUUAGUGGCAAAUCAAUUGAGUAUUGGCGUCGAUUUAGAGAGGGAACAUUAUAAUAAUGAAUUUACGAAAUUGGAAAAUUUUACAAUUGGCAAUUGUGAGACAAAUUUUUCAAUUAGUCGUAGGCCAGUGCCUGAGAAUGAGAGUCGAAGGAAAAUGAAAUAUAAACUUGUCUCGGUGUUUAAUGAUAAAUUAUUUAAUUUUUCUGAGGAUGAAAAAUUAAUUAUUGGAAAGAGGCGAAAUGUUCAUAAUUGCAAGAGGAGAAAGGAGUAUUUCUUUGGGACACGUUAUACGUUUGGAAUUGUUCUUCGGGAUGUUUAUAAUGAUCUUACAUCGUCAGUGAGUCAAAUGGUACUGAGUAAAAAUAAUUUCACUAGUGAGACAAUUAAUGAAUGUGAAAUUUUCGACUUGGAGCGAAAUCAUUUGGGCAAGAUAAUGGAUCAUAUGAAACUUACUUUGGAGAAUAUACAGCCGGCGAGAGAUGAACUUCUUCCAAUAAUGAAGGAGAAACCUGUCGAUAUUCUUGCCGGAGAUUCGGUCGUCAUCGCUGUAAAUCAUUACAAAAAUGAUUAAAAAUUUUUUAAAUUUA